AUGUCCCGCUUCUCUCCCGUCGCAGUGCUGCGCGGCAACGCCGCUUCCGCGCUGCACAAGAAUGCGUCCAUUCCGAUGGCAGCGCCUCCAACGGCACCUCCAAGUGUCAUCUCUUCCCUAUACGAAGCCUUCAUGACCGCUUCGCCGACCACGGUGGCCCUCUCCAUCGCGUGUAUCAUCGCUACUGGCCUGCUCUACGAGCAGUACAGGUACCAAACCAAGAAGGCAGGUUUGCCCGGUCCGAAGUGGACCAUUCCCAUCAUUGGCAAGUUUGCGGAUUCCCUCAACCCUACCAUGGAGAACUACAUUAAGGGCUGGAACUCUGGACCCCUUAGCGUUGCCAGCGUCUUUCACAUGUGAGCGUCUGCGCGAAUCGAAGAAAGUCGUUUGAGCUCGGGAUUGCACUGGGCGCGUUCAAGAGCCCAUAUACAAGCGCCUGCUCAGAAAUUGCCUUCGAAGGAUGUCAACGACUGACGCGAUGCCACUCCUGUCAUGCGUACAGCUUCAUUGUGAUUGCCUCAUCCACCGAGCACACGCGGAAGAUUUUGAACUCUCCGGCAUUUACGGAGCCUUGCUUGGUUGCCAGUGCGAAGAAGGUCUUGUGCCAUGACAAUUGGUGCGUGUACCACCUUGACUGUACAUAUGAGUGCUGCGAGCUCACUGGUCUAGCCAUUCUGCUAUGCAGGGUCUUCUUGAACGGCAAGGUUCAUGUCGACUACCGAAAAGGAUUGAACACGUUGUUCACACGUAAAGCUCUUGGGUGCGUGAAAACGUUUGCUGAUAGCUUUGUGAAAGGCAGUCUUGUUGUCUGUCUAUGCCGGAAUGCUGACCUGCGACCUCCCACUCCCACAGGAUUUACCUCGGCAUCCAGGAAUCCAUCUACAGAAGGCAUUUCAAGGCAUGGCUCGAUGACCCCGACCCUAAGCCUCAGCCAUACAUGAUGCAGUUCAGAGACUUGAACAUGGAAACCUCCUUGCGCGUCUUCUGCGGAGACUACAUUUCUGAUGAAGGAGCCAAAGAAAUUUCCGACAAGUACUGGCUCAUCACUGUAGCCCUUGAGCUGGUCAACUUCCCUUUCGCCUUCCCCGGUACCAAGGUCUACAACGCUAUCAAGGCACGCAAAGUCGCCAUGAAAUGGUUUGAACACACUGCCGCCGAGAGCAAGAAGAGGAUGGCCGCCGGCGGAGAAGUCACUUGCUUGGCCGACGCUUGGAUCAAAGCCAUGGUCGAGGCCAGAGAGGGAGAGGCUGACAGCGAGUCUCGAAGAGUGCUUGUCAGGGACUACAGUGACAGGGAGAUUGGGAUGGUCCUGCUGAGCUUCCUCUUUGCAUCUCAAGAUGCCAUGAGCAGCGGCUUGACGUACCUCUUCCAGCACGUCGCCGAUCAUCCAGAGGUGCUUCGCAAGGUGCGAGAGGAGCAGUACAAUCUCAGAGGGCACGAUGUCACUGCGCCUCUGGACCUCGACACCUUGGAGAAGAUGGAGUACACCAGGGUCGUCGUCAAAGAGUCUUUGAGGCUCAAGCCUCCCGUCAUUAUGGUACCUUACUCUGCGCACCAAGAUUUCAAGAUCGACGAAGGAUACACUGUGCCCAAAGGAAGCAUGGUCAUCCCUAGUUUCUGGAAUGCCCUCCACGACCCUCAAGCUUACCCUGAUCCUGAUGCAUUCAUCCCGGAGAGGUGGCAGCAAGGACCCCAAAGCCCUGCGGAGAAGCACCCCAGAAACUGGCUCGUCUUCGGCUCUGGACCUCACAACUGCAUCGGCCAGCAAUACGCUCUGCUGCACCUCACAGCUGUCCUUGGAUCUGCCAGCGUACUUAUGAACUGGGAGCACGAGAUUACGCCCAAGAGCGAGAAGGUCAGAGUGAUUGCGACAAUUUUCGUGAGUCCCGGAUCGGGCCAGGCUUCCAUCUUUUUGCAGCCAGCUAACGCUCUUCCCUACGCCCUUCUCGUUCGCGAUUUUCAGCCACAAGAUGGUGCGCGCAUCAAGUUCACUCCGCGUGCUGCACCUGCUCCCGGAACUGCGCCUGCUAUUGCCGCCGCAGCAUGA